AUGCUUUCCAUCCUUCUCCCCAAAAUCACUAGGGUUCCAACCAGUAAGCAGGAAGAUUUGGAACUUGAAACUGCUCUGGAGCAUCAUAUGGAUGAAAUCGUUGCUGAGGCUGAGAACUUGUCGACCGCCUUGAGAGGCCUGCUGACAUUUAGGCUAGAGCAUGCAGUAGCGGCAGCUUCCGAUGAUGUUGUGCCCCCUAGCCUUACGGACUGUAAGGGGGGAGCAGUGCUAACGUGCGGCGUCGCGCUGGGCCUGACGUACCUGGCGGCAGCCCUCGUCCUUAGCGAAGUCAGAGACAGUGACAGUAUUGGAUGUAUGACAGAUGUUAUGUUUUGCUUUUUAUCCCCUGGAUCCACUGCCUACAGGCAUCUCCGUGGCCACAAGUAUGCCUUGCGUCGCUUUGGACAAGUGUUAAAGGGUUACAUUGAGGUUCGCGGGCGCCACGAUGAUAUGGCUUAUCAGGACACGCUCUUUGACCUUCACCAAGCGGCCAUCAGCUUCGCUCCCUCACCGGAGUACAUUACAGUCGCCCAUCCACUUUUGCUGCGGGAGGCGGCACGCCGUUGCUGUCCAGGGCCCGCACUUGCCGUUAUGCGCCAACCCGUGCUAGAGGUGUCCCCAGUGGACACCGGCGCGGACGUCACUUGCCUCCAUGCAUAUUACUGCGAGGGCGGUCUUUUGCUCGCCGCCAUGCAGUGUUGGGAAGAUGCGACAGCGUGGCUACGCUUGGCCGUAAACAUGUCAAAACACGUGCAGCGUAAAGCGGCAUUGGAGGCCCAGGCAGCAGAGGUGGAGGUCACAAGAAGCUCCUCAGUACCGCCUGAAACUGCGUUAGGGCUGAGUGGAGGAAUCUGUGACACGCUGUUGAGGGCAGCGAAGGCCUUCAUACUGGUGGCUAUUGCAUCUCAGGGCGGGUUCGACGAUCCCGCUGACCGCAGGCGGGCACUGCGUGUUAUGCAGGUAUGCCGCGGCCGUAACACCGAUCCCUACGUUCGGAUGCUGUCGGCGGCGGCACAACGUGAUGGAAAACUAUGGAGCACCCUUGAAAAUCGUUUUGAGUUCUUGUGGAAGCAAGACGGAACGACGGAACUUGUUGCCGAGGCUGGCCUUCGGCUGCGACGUCAUGUCAUUUGCGACCUGGCAAUGGUUGCGAACCGCGUUUACCUGUCCGACAUUCUCGCUGCCUUUCGCACCCACUCCCUUUGCGGGCUAGGUGGCAUUAGCGACGCCGAAGAAUUGCCUGCCUUGCUUCAGCUCUUGGCUAGCAUGCAGGAAGAUGGAGACCUGCUCAUCCGUCUGGAUAACUCCCAUUAUGGGAGACCGGGAGAAGCGGAGUCCUCACUAGAGGAGCAGAGUAAUGACAUGAGAGUGGAGCCGUUGACGGUGCGGCUCGAUCUCCCGCCGAAGCGCAUUCCUGCGGCACUGGGGACGUCUCGCCGUGGGUGCGAUCUGCUUUCUCUCUCCGAUGCUGAUCUUUGGAAGAAGCAGCGCUACGAGCAGGCACAGUUCCGUUCUGCCAUGGAGGACAGGAUCCGAUGGUACGAGCGCACACGCGCCGCCUUUUCGCGAGCGACGGAGGCGCCAAGCGGUGAAAGUGCGCAACGCGUAGAGGACGAUGGCAACGACAGCGGCUGCUGCUAA